GAAUCACUUAACAGAGUACGGGGCCUUUUUGAUGAUGAUAAAGAUUCCGGAAGUUUGUCUGGAUUUUCUUCCGUUAAAACUCCAAAAAAUCUUUCUGGAUUUUCUUCUGGUAGUGGACGUUACAUAGGUUCACUUUCAGAGGACCAACUUAAUAAAGCGCGACGUCUUUUCGAUGAGAAAGCACCAUGUUCAAAUUACACACAUAAGCCGAAUACUCCAAAGAGGACUAUCGAUAUACCACCAAACAGACAUAGACUUCAGGAUAUUGUACAUAAUUAUCCCCUUAAUAUCUCUGCAACUAGCUUGAAAAAACUCGGAAUACCUUCCGAAAUUAUUACUAUGACGCCCGCUAGUGCCCUUUCGUAUCGAUUUCUCUUAUCUGAGGGUCAGUAUUGUGAAAGUACCGAAGGCUUGUCGUCAUGGGGCGCAAGUGAAGCAUAUACUUGUCUUAUUGAAC